AUGCAGCACGACGAGGUUAUAUGGCAAGUUAUCAGGCACAACCAUUGCAGUUUCAUGGCGAAAAUAACAACGGGGAAUUUCUGUCGAAACCCUUAUAACGUGACUGGAAUUUGUAAUCGGAGCUCUUGCCCUCUAGCUAACAGUCGUUACGCCACCAUUCGCGAUCAUGACGGAAUCUUCUACUUGUAUAUGAAAACUAUAGAAAGGGCUCACAUGCCAAACAAAUUGUGGGAAAGGGUUAAGCUGCCGAGAAAUUAUGAGAAGGCUCUUGAAAUUAUUGACAAGCAUAUGAUGUAUUGGCCUAAGUUGCUUGUACACAAAACAAAACAACGAUUGACCAAAAUGACUCAAAUGCGGAUACGUAUGAGGAAACUAGCUCUAAAAACAAGGUUAGCUACCUCCCUUACUUUCACUAUCUCAUCUCAAUAUCUGAAAGUAGAGAAUCAUGCUUACGGCAUACUGGGUUUGUAUUUAUAG